AUGUCCUCACAUCCUCGUUCUUACGAACGAGAUCGUUCUUUGUCGUCUCCAUCAGCGCCUCCUGUCAAUUCUAGCUACCAUGUACCACCUCAAGUUCCACCUCUAGAUCAUCGUGUGUCCGUCCCGAAUCGGCAGAGCUUCUUCCAGCUUCCGCACAUGCAGCAACAGCAGCAGAAUAGAGGUCCAAAUCUCUAUCCGGACAUUGGACAACAUACUCCACCGCGUACAGCCCCACCUAGAGACAGUUUCACCCACCACGGCCAAAAUUACGCCUCACAACAGCAAAACGACGCGUCACAAUUUCAAAAUUACAUCUCCACGCCUCCAUCCAGUCAAAACUUUGCCUCAGUGCAGCAACCGCCCGCCCCUUUUGCACGUGAACCAACGCUACAUGGCGGCUAUGGGCCGGUACAGCCUGGCAGCUUUUCGUCGUCAUCAAGCUCUACGGUGUUGAUGCCGAACAGAAUGGCUCCUACCCCUUCGAGUGUCGUGGAGCUUCGUUGUCGCUGCAAGGGACUGAAAAACUCCGACUUUUUGAGUCGAUCAGAUCCUUUUAUUGUGUUGUACAUGCAAGAAGCUCAGAAAAAAGGAUGGCGGGAAGUUGGACGCACGGAGACAAUCAACAACACGCUAGACCCGACUUUUGCCAAGUCUUUCCAAGUAGAUUUCUUUUUUGAAGAGAUCCAGAGGUUGAGAUUCGAGGUGUUUGACCGGGACAGUGCGUCCGAGCGACUAUCGGACCAUGAUUUUCUCGGGUGUGUGGAAAUCACGAUGGGUCAAUUGAUGUCCUCUAAAGGUCAGUCGGCAGUUCUUAAGCUGUUGCAAAAUGACAACGGAAAAGGACAUGUGUACAAUUUGUCUGGCCACGUCGUCAUAGACGCUGAAGAAGUCUCAACAUGUGCUGAUAUGGUCAAUGUUAGAUUUACUGCAACUAAGUUGGACAAUAAGGACGGAUGGCUUGGUGCUUCCGAUCCAUUCCUCAAUAUUUAUCGGCUGCGCGAUGAGAAUGCCGAUCCACUCGCGCCCACGUCGUGGGUUUUGGUGUGGCGUAGUGAAGUCAUUAUGAACAAUUGCAACCCGAAAUGGCGUCGUGCGACGCUAAGCAUUCAGACUCUUUGCAAUGGAAAUCUGUCACGGUUGCUGAAGAUUGAGUGCAUGGACUGGGAGAAGAACGGAAAGCACCAAUUCAUCGGUAGUUGCACAGUAAAGGCUGCAGAAUUUGUAACAGGAGACGUUCGCAGUCUGGAACUUAUUAACCGCGACAUACAAGCAAGAAAGGGCAAAAGGUAUAAAAAUUCAGGUGUCCUGGUUCUUGAACAGAUCGAAUACUUUAAGCGGCGUACAUUUGCAGAGUAUCUGCGCGGUGGUUGUGAGAUCAGCUUGAUCGUUGGUAUCGAUUACACGGCUUCGAAUGGUAGCCCUUCGGACCCCGCAAGUCUGCAUUACACCGGAGCAAGUUACCACGGUCAAGCGAACGAUUACCAGGCUGCAAUAUCUGCGACCGGAGCGAUUUUGGAGUCUUACGAUUCUGAUAAGCGCUUCCCAGUAUAUGGCUUUGGUGGAUUGGUCAAUGGGGCCGUAAACCACUGCUUCCCGUUGACAUUUGAUUCCUCACAGCCCGAAGUCGAAGGCGUUGAAGGAAUUUUGAGUGCAUACUUGAAUUCGUUUCAGUUCGUACAACUUCAUGGCCCGACAAUGUUCGCGCCUUUAGUACGCCAAGCUGCAGCUAUUGCAAGAACGUUUUCAGCGCCUGCAGAGCAAGGUGCUGGUGGUAAUCUCAAGUACUUUGUGCUGCUCAUUAUCACAGAUGGAGCCAUUAUGGACAUGCAACAGACGAUUGACGAGCUAGUGCAGGCUUCGAUUCUUCCAUUGUCUAUCGUGAUUGUCGCAGUGGGCAACGCGGACUUUACCGCCAUGGAUGCUCUAGAUGCUGAUGGCAAGCUGUUGGUCGACUCUAGGAGACAAAAGGCUGCGCGAGAUAUUGUUCAAUUUGUCCCUUUCAAUCAGUUUCGUCGUAACCCCGCACGACUAGCCACGGAAACGUUAGCAGAAAUUCCAACACAGCUAUUGCAAUACUACAAUAUGAAGGGCAUUACACCACGGACGCCACUGGAACGUCAAGGAACCAGCUAUUUGGUAAGAAGCUCUAUAUCCAACGGUAUGACUAACGCGUUAGACGUUGAGGUGUAG